GCCAUCUUAGCCGGGGCCUGUCGUCACCUCUUUUCGAUCCUCUCCCACGACCUGACAUCACCUCUCCACCCAUAUCCCAGCGGUGACGUCCCACCUCCAUCCCAGCCUCACCUGUUUCCCUCUCAGAUGCUGGCAGGUUGGUUCUGACGCAGAGCCACCCACGCACAACAGAAGGACACUCCCCAGUCCCAAAACUCUUCGGUUGGAGCCAUUGUUGCUGCCACUGUCAGCCCAUCUCAUCAGGCCCUCCUCGCCAUGGGAGUGCGUGGUCUGCAGGGCUUCGUGGGCAGCUUCUGCCCACACAUCUGCACCGUGGUCAACCUCAGAGAGAUGGCCGAGUGCCACCGGAAACAGCACUCCAGCAGCCCCCCAACCAUCGUGGUCGACGCCAUGUGCUGCCUGCGCUACUGGUACACUCCCGAGUCCUGGGUCUGUGGGGGCCAGUGGCGGGAAUACAUGGGCGCCCUGCGCACCUUUGUCCAGGCGUUUGAGGAGGCCGGCAUCCGGCUGGUGUUCUUCUUCGACGGCAUGGUGGAGCGGGACAAGCGCGGUGAGUGGGUGAAGCGCAGGCACAAGAACAGCAGGGACGUGGCCAGGAUCUUCCACCACCUCAAGUCCCACGGCGAGCAGCCCGGCCGCCACAUGUUCUUCAUCCCGACCGGGCUGGCCGUGUUCACCCGACUAGCCCUGAAGGCCCUGGGCCAGGAGACCCACUGCUCCCUGCAGGAAGCCGACUAUGAGGUGGCCGAGCGGGGCCUCUGGGAAGGCUGCCUGGGCAUCCUGGGUGAGGACACUGACUACCUGAUCUACAACACCUGCCCCUACCUCUCCAUCCGGGAGCUCUGCCUGGACACGCUGGACACGGUCCAGCUGAGCCGGGAGAAGCUGUGUGAGAGCCUGCAGCUCGCUGUGGCCGACCUGCCCCUGCUGGCCUGCCUGCUGGGGAACGACAUCGUCCCAGAGAGCUUGUUUGAGAGCUUCCGGUACCGGUGCCUGUCCACCCACAGCGCGGCGAGCAAGGACCUGCGCAGGAGGGGCGGCACUGUCCUGGCCGUGGCAGACCACAUAGCGCAGGUCCUCCGCGUGCAUCAGGGGGAGAAGGCGCUUGAAGAGCUGCUGCCUUUGGGGCCGCACACAGCUCUGUUUUAUAAAGGAGUGGCCUCCUACCUUCUGCCAGGACAGAUAUCACCAUGGCUUUCCCAUGCACCCAAAACUGUAGUUGCUCCGGACAAGCAAACAACAUCUAUGCUUACAGACUUACAGCCCCAGCGUGGAGCACCCCUGGUUUCAGACCCUGAAGCCCUGCAGGUGGCUAGAGCGCACCACGUCCAGGGUGAGUGCUACCUAGUAUACAACAUCAUGUGCAGUGGGGAGAUCGAGUGCAGCAACACCUUGGAGGAUGAGCUGGACCAGGCCCUACCCAGCCAGGCCUUCGUGUACCGCCCGGUGCGCCAGCGUGUGUACGCACUCCUGCUUGGGGCCGGGGAAGGUGGUUCCUGGGACCUGGCCACAGAUGGCAGGGGGGCUAAAGAGGUGAAGGAGUGGUUCGUGUAUGCGGGGAACCCCCUGAAGGACCCGGACCUGGUCAGGCCGUUGCCAGUGAGCAUCCCAGGAGGCGUGCCCAGCUUGAAGACUCUGUGGCUGACCCAGGAGCCCGGCGUGCGAGCCUUGCGCUAUGAAGUGCUCCUGGCCUGCUUCAACCUCUCCUCCAUGCAGGAAGACCUGCGGGCCGUGGAGGGCCCCUUCCGGGCGCUGUGCUGCCUCCUCGUCUACCUCUUCCUGCAGGUGGACACCCUCUGCCUGGAGGACCUGCACGCUCUGAUUGCACAGGCGCUGUGCCUUCAAGGGAAGUCCAUGGCCCACCUGGUGGACUUGCAGCUCGAGCGCAUUGACCCCAGGGCCGUGCAGCUGGCCUCCCUGCUCCUCCGUGGCCUCACCACGCUGGUGUUUGUCAACAGUGCGUGUGGUUUCCCUCUGAACGUGAAUGACUUCAUGCCCUGGAAUAUCUUUGAUGGGAAGCUCUUUCAUCAGAAGUACCUGCAGUCCGAAAGAGGGUACGCAGUGGAGGCCCUUCUGGAGCAGAACAGGGCCUGGCUGGCGUGUUUCCAGAGCCUCAAGGCAGCGGUGGUCAAGGCCUGCCUGAAGGAGAGCAGACGCAUUGGGAGCCGGCAGCCCUGGGGCAUGCCCCAUACAGGGCCCAGGGCAAGACAGCAGACGAGUUCUGGAUGUAGCCCCCAGGGACAGCCGUGGAGGGAGCAGGGACCAGGUAGCCGACAGUACGCACAUGAGCAACGGAGAAAGUACUCGAGGCCUCUGGGACGUCCAAGUGACCCGCAGUGAGCAGGACUGGCAGAGCCCCUAUGGAAGAGAACGCACCCUUUCACCAUGGUGCCCGCAGCCAGCACCCAGCGUCUCUGAGCCUCACCGUGCCAAGGGGUGGCCCCACCCUGUGGCCUCAGGGCCGUGUCCUUGGAUGGCCACCAUGGGCAAAUUGCGGCAGGAUGCUGGGGGGGUAAUAAAGCAGAGCGUGUUGUCCUGUGUGCAGCCCCACUGCAGCCCUGGGGCACAUCCUGCAUAUACACAGCGCUUCAAGCGUGUGA